AUGGAGGUUCUGAAAGUUCUUAGUUUGUUCGCACUUCUUGUGUGUACGAGGGCUGUAAAAGCAGACCCAAAUGACCCACCGCCAGAGCCACUGCCAGAGCCACUGCCAGAGCCACUGAAAGUGGUGCCUGAGGAAAAAAAUCCAGAUUUCUGGGUAAGACAGGCCAAGGAAAGGUUCGCCAAAGAUUGCAAGAUAUUCAGCUCUCUGAGAACCUCUACCCAUGCCAAGAAUGUGAUCAUGUUGUUGGGUGAUGGUAUGGGAAUGCCAACAAUUUCUGCCAGUCGAUUCUACAUCGCGGAAAUGCAGGGUCGAAAUGGCUCUGCUGUUUUCCACCCCUUCGAAGAGUGGGAUUUCAAUACGAUGGCCAGAACCUAUGAUCUUGAGACAUCAGUUACUGAUUCCGCCAGUUCAGCUAAUGCCUACCUGACUGGCUCGAAAACGCGAACUGGCAUGAUUGGAAUCGACGGCAAUCUAAACGUCAAACAAUGUGGAAAAUGGGACUCACAGCAUUUCACGCAAUCAGUUCUUGAAGCUGCUUACAGGGCUGGCAAAGCAACUGGUGUUAUUACAAACACAAGAAUAACCCAUGCUUCUCCAUCAGGCACUUAUGCUCAUGUCACCCACCUCAUGGCAAUCAAGUCUGUGAUUGUAUUCCUUCUACUUCAUCUUCUCCAAGUGGCCUUUGCCGAUGAGCCAGACGCUUACCAGGCGCGUCAGAAACCCAUCACAUAUCCCUUCCCACCAUUCACCAUCUUGAAGCAGGAGAUACCUCCAUCCUACUGGGAGGACCUAGCUCGGAAGGAAAUAGACAAGGCGAACAGACUAUUUCCCGAUUUCUACUCGAAGGCAAAGAAGGCGAAAAAUGUGAUUCUCUUUCUCGGUGAUGGCAUGGGAAUUCCUACACUCGCCGCCACUAGAUUUGAUCGCACCAACACCACUGGUAAGGCUGAGAAGCACCCAUUCGAGGACUGGGAGUUCUCCUCCCUCUGCAGGACCUAUGAUCUUGAAACCAUGGUCACUGACUCUGCCUCCUCCGCCACAGCCUAUCUUACAGGUACCAAGACGAGAACAGCCAUGAUAGGUGUGACAGGCGAGGUUUUCUACAAGGAAUGCAAAAUGUACUCCGACGAAGAGAAGACAGAAUCUGUUCUAACUGCAGCUCAAAAGGCAGGAAAGUGGACAGGCAUUGUGACCUCAUCAAGAAUUACUCAUGCCUCACCAGCUGGUUGCUAUGGUCAUGUCGCCUUUCGUGACUGGNUUGUUUUGAAGUCAUUUGCAGAGCAGCAUGUCUUCGAUCGAGUCAUUGAGGAUAUCUUCAAGGAGGUGAAUCCCGAGGAAACAUUGCUUGUUGUAACAGCUGACCACUCGCACUCCUUUGCAUUGGUUGGUCAACCCAGUCGUUUCCGAAGUCUGUUCCUUCCAGAUCUUAUAAAGGGCAAUGAAACUCUUGACAAAAAAGGUAUGCAGCCGGUUGGCUACAUGACUGGUCCAGGAUCAGAAGUUAAUAAAACUAGAAAAAGUGUUUGGGACAUGGAAGACGAGACUUUGUUUGGCAAGGACACUCAAUUGCAGGCAUUGAUUCCAAUUGGCUGGGCAACACAUGGUGGGGAUGACGUUGCAGUCUUUGUCAACGGUCCCUUCAGUUACCUCUUCCACAAGACAAUUGACAACACCUUCGUGGCACAGGCGAUGAAGUAUGCCAUGUGUGCACCACCCUUCGACAAGGAGCCCUUCUGUGCUGGUUGCAGCCUCACAUCAUCAAUCCUGGCCUUCAUUGGUCUUCUUUUGUGCACAAUGGAGGUUCUGAAAGUUCUUAGUUUGUUCGCACUUCUUGUGUGUACGAGGGCUGUAAAAGCAGACCCAAAUGACCCACCGCCAGAGCCACUGAAAGUGGUGAAGGAGGAAAUAAGUCCAGAUUUCUGGGUAAGACAGGCCAAGGAAAGGUUCGCCAAAGAUUGCAAGAUGUUCAGCUCACUGAGAAACUCCCCCAAUGUCAAGAAUGUGGUCAUGUUUUUGGGUGAUGGUAUGGGAAUGCCAACAAUUUCUGCCAGUCGAUUCUACAUCGCGGAAAUGCAGGGUCGAAAUGGCUCUGCUGUUUUCCACCCCUUCGAAGAGUGGGAUUUCAAUACGAUGGCCAGAACCUAUGAUCUUGAGACAUCAGUUACUGAUUCCGCCAGUUCAGCUAAUGCCUACCUGACUGGCUCGAAAACGCGAACUGGCAUGAUUGGAAUCGACGGCAAUCUAAACGUCAAACAAUGUGGAAAAUGGGACUCACAGCAUUUCACGCAAUCAGUUCUUGAAGCUGCUUACAGGGCUGGCAAAGCAACUGGUGUUAUUACAAACACAAGAAUAACCCAUGCUUCUCCAUCAGGCACUUAUGCUCAUGUCACCCACCGUGACAUGGAGAGUGACGUGAAAAUAAAGGACUUUUGCCCACAAGAAUAUGAAGAAAUGCCCUGUCAAGACAUUGCUUGCCAGUUGAUUCAGAACCACCAAUACAUCAAUGUGAUAGUUGGCGGUGGACAGGAGAAUUUCGCUCCCAAAGCAGCUAAGCCCAAGGCAAGUGAAUAUGUGGGCAUUCGAGAGGAUGGGAGAAAUCUGAUUGAAGAAUGGAUUGGAAAUAAAACUAAGGAGAACAAAAACUUCUGCUUUGUCGGCGAGCCAGAAGAUUUGUCAAAAUGCAAACCAUCAGAGAAUGAUUACAUUUUGGCACUUCCUUACGUUGGACAUUUUCCGUAUACGCACGACAUUCCAAUGGGCGAACCAAAUCUUCUAGAUUACGUACGCACAGGUCUUGAAGUUCUCAAACGACAGAAAAAUGGAUUCUUCCUCUUCAUUGAGAGUGGACGAAUUGACCACGCUCAUCACGAUAAUAAUGGACGGUAUUCCCUCGAUGAGAUGUUGGAGUUUGAUAAAAUUAUAAACUACAUCCAAGCAUCAGUUGAUCUAAAGGAGACAUUGUUAAUUGUCACAGCUGAUCACUCGCACGCACUUGAAUUGGUUGGCCAACCCGGACGAUUCCAAAGUGUCCUUGGUAUUGAUCAAUAUUAUAGCAAUCUUACCGAUGAUAAGAUGCCAUUACAAGGACUCAACUACAUGAAUGGACCAAAUGGUUUAAAUCGGGAUUUUCGAAAAAAUCCCGCUUACGAAGAUAUCUUCGACUGGAGCUAUAAGCAGCAGACAUUAGUACCACUUCCAAUUGCCUCCCACGGUGGUGACGAUGUCGGCGUCUACGCAACCGGACCCCUCUCGGCUUUCUUCCACGCCAAUGUGGACAACACCUUCAUUGCCCAAACCAUGAAACUGGCACUAGGAGUCGAACCAUAUGAUAGAAUGAAUUCACCCUUCAUGGCAAUCAAGUCUGUGAUUGUAUUCCUUCUACUUCAUCUUCUCCAAGUGGCCUUUGCCGAUGAGCCAGACGCUUACCAGGCGCGUCAGAAACCCAUCACAUAUCCCUUCCCACCAUUCACCAUCUUGAAGCAGGAGAUACCUCCAUCCUACUGGGAGGACCUAGCUCGGAAGGAAAUAGACAAGGCGAACAGACUAUUUCCCGAUUUCUACUCGAAGGCAAAGAAGGCGAAAAAUGUGAUUCUCUUUCUCGGUGAUGGCAUGGGAAUUCCUACACUCGCCGCCACUAGAUUUGAUCGCACCAACACCACUGGUAAGGCUGAGAAGCACCCAUUCGAGGACUGGGAGUUCUCCUCCCUCUGCAGGACCUAUGAUCUUGAAACCAUGGUCACUGACUCUGCCUCCUCCGCCACAGCCUAUCUUACAGGUACCAAGACGAGAACAGCCAUGAUAGGUGUGACAGGCGAGGUUUUCUACAAGGAAUGCAAAAUGUACUCCGACGAAGAGAAGACAGAAUCUGUUCUAACUGCAGCUCAAAAGGCAGGAAAGUGGACAGGCAUUGUGACCUCAUCAAGAAUUACUCAUGCCUCACCAGCUGGUUGCUAUGGUCAUGUCGCCUUUCGUGACUGGGAGGUAGAUUCAAUGUUGCCAUGUGAAAAGGGUGCGUUUUGUGCUUGUACUGAUUUGGCCUAUCAACUCAUACAUGAACACCAAGAUAUCCACGUACUUAUGGGUGGUGCUCAAGAGUACUUUUAUCCUGAUACUGAACCGUUGCCUAGCAAUAAGCAAUCGAAGGGAAAACGUUGGGAUGGAAGAAAUUUGCCGAAGGAAUGGGAGUCCACGCAGAAGUCGAAGGGUCGCAAGUACGUCUAUGCAGACAGUCCAGAUGCUUUCAAGAAGAUCAACUUUGAGGAUUACGAUUAUGCUCUAAGUUUGAUCUCAGCAUCUCAUCUUCCUUAUGAGUUGGAUAGACCCCAAGGUGAUCCUGGACUAUACGAACAAGCCAUGGCUGCAAUCAAAAUUCUAAAAAAGAGUCCCAACGGCUUUUUCCUGUUCCUCGAGGGAGCUAGAAUCGAUCAGGCCCACCACGAAAACAGAGCCAUGAAGUCAUUUGCAGAGCAGCAUGUCUUCGAUCGAGUCAUUGAGGAUAUCUUCAAGGAGGUGAAUCCCGAGGAAACAUUGCUUGUUGUAACAGCUGACCACUCGCACUCCUUUGCAUUGGUUGGUCAACCCAGUCGUUUCCGAAGUCUGUUCCUCCCAGAUCUUGUGAAGGGCAAUGAAACUCUAGAUGACAAAGGCAUGCAGCCGGUUGGCUACAUGACUGGUCCAGGAUCAAAAAUUAAUGAUACUAGAGACAAUGUUUGGAACAUGAAAGACGAGACUUUGUUUGGCAAGGACACUCAAUUGCAGGCAUUGAUUCCAAUUGGCUGGGCAACACAUGGUGGGGAUGACGUUGCAGUCUUUGCCAACGGUCCCUUCAGUUACCUCUUCCACAAGACAAUUGACAACACCUUCGUGGCACAGGCGAUGAAGUAUGCCAUGUGUGCACCACCCUUCGACAAGGAGCCCUUCUGUGCUGGUUGUAGCCUCACAUCAUCAAUCCUGGCCUUCAUUGGUCUUCUUUUGUGGUUCUGUUUUAACUAA